AUGGCUCCGAAUCUGUUUCCCCAGAAGCACGAAUCUUCUGAUGUUUUACAGUAUUCUAUCUACCAAUCUUCAAUUGACUAUACUGUCGCUGCUUAUGGAGAGUAUGCGGCGUCUGCUACAGCAGGUAACGACUUUACACGAGACUUUCUUGCUGGAAUUGCAGCCAUGUAUUCCACUCCGAUGUUCGAGAACAUUGGCCAUAAGUUCCCAUAUGAAUAUGCGUCAACAAUCCUUGCUUGCGUCGCAGUACUUGUCACGGCACCGAUCUACUUAUUCUAUCGCAAUGGUCCCGCAAUUCGUGAACGGUCGCCGUUUGCCAAACAAAUGAUGGAGGUCACAAGAAAGCGUCGGCUAUCUCAAGCCGCUCAUGACGAGAAGGCGGGACAUCAAAAUACCCACCUAGAGGACGUCCGUGCAGACGUCGAAUCUGCCCAUUGA